AUGGCGGGAUUCAGAAGCCUUGCGCCCAAGACCAGGAACCUGGUGGUGGCUGGGGGACUGUCUGCCUUCGUGCUUGGGGUCUACUACUACACCAUGAGAGCGGUGGGAGGCACGGACGAGCUGCAGGUGGCGAUUGACAAGUUUGAGGAGAUGAAGAAGAAGGAUGCUGCCAGAAACUCCAACGCAGGAGGAUCAUAA